AGUCUCUGCCAGACUUCGAUUCACACGCUACUUCCUGGAUGGAGGAAUGGAAAGCUUCCAGUGCCGCUCCAACUAUUCCCUCUCUGUUUUCGCCAGCAGAACCGCUGCAGCUCUCCGAUGCAUGGACUAGCCUACUGCCACUAGCGUCUUCUGCUCCUAUCCCCUCGAUUCUUGUUGAAUGAACUGAUUCAAGCUCGAAAGCUAUAUCUCUCCUAACUGACAUGUUUUUCUUUGGGAGUAUCAAGAAGCUGUUUGGAAGGAGGUUUUGAGAAGUCAAGACUGUUUUCUGGACGUUCCAGACAGCACUGAAUAUAAUUCCACUGAACAGUCACUAGCCUACAUUUAGCAGCAUUUGCGCUGUUUUUACGCAGCGGACAUUAAUUAUUUGCUCAGACGGAUAACUCAACAGUUGCCCUUUUUGCUCUCAAUGUUCAUUUUGUCAUGCGGAGGCUACUGCAAUCGUGUUGCUGGUGGAUCUUGUCUCUGAUCUUGUCUGCCUUCGUUCUCUUUUGGGCCGACUGUCAUCCUGCGCUGACAGGAGGGCAGCCCGGGUCCACGCAAGGGAGCCAAGAUGGCCGAGCGCCCGGGAGCAGACUCAGAAGAGCGGCCGAGGAGUCCUACUGGGCCUAUUCAGGUACGUACGGGCCAGAGGAGGGCUGGUCAUCAGCCUACCCAGAAUGCAGAGAGAGGAACCAAUCCCCAAUCAACAUCGCAGAUCAGGACAGCAAGGUGUCCAUGGAGUAUCAGGAGCUAGCUUUGGACGGAUUUGAGACAGAGUCCUCCAACAAGACUUCAAUGAAGAACACUGGCAAAACAGUGGCUAUCAUGCUGAAGGAUGACUACUUCGUUCGUGGUGCGGGCCUGCCCGGGCGUUUUAAGGCUGAGAAGGUGGAGUUCCACUGGGGCCAGAGCAACGGAUCUGAAGGCUCUGAACACAGCAUCAACGGCAAGAGGUUCCCAGUGGAGAUGCAGAUCUACAUGUAUAACUCGGAUGACUUUGACAGCCUCAGUGCUGCAAUACGUCAGAAGAGGAUCAUUGCAGUGAUGUCGGUCUUCUUUCAGGUGGGACUGAAGGACAACCCAGCAGUGGACCCCAUUAUCCAUGGCCUGAGGGGCGUGGUUCAUCAUGAGAAAGAAACCUUCCUGGAGCCCUUUGUUCUGAGAGAUCUGUUGCCGUCAUCAUUGGGGAGUUACUAUCGCUACACAGGCUCUCUCACCACCCCACCCUGCAGCAAGGUGGUAGAGUGGAUCGUCUUCAACAGACCUGUGUUCCUCUCCUACAAACAGCUGGAGGCGUUCUACUCCAUCUUCACACAGCAGCAGCAGGACCAUACAGCCACAGAGCAGCAGGACCAUGUGAAGUCUGUGGAAUACCUGAGGAGUAACUUCCGGCCAAUCCAGAGCCUCGAUAAUCGUGACGUCUUCAAGUCCGCAGUCAGAGACGCCUGGCUACCUGACCUGAUGGACAGCCUGGGAAACCCGUAUGGAACCGAGGCAUCCAAAGUGUGCAGCAGUGCUCCCAUCAACAUGAAGGUGCAGCAUCUGAACCGCACGGCCCUGGGGGUGCGAUGGACCCGGCCAGAGUUCACCUACCACCCGCCAAUCAUCUCCUUCCUCAUCUCCUACAGCUGGACUAAACACGACGAGUCCUACGAGGAAACGCACGUCACCGACAGCCAACACAAACUGGAAGCUGUCAUCACUCCAGUGUCUCCUGAUGUGCUGUAUCUGUUCCGGGUGCAGGCUGUGUGUAUGAAUGACAUGCGCAGUGACUUCAGCCAGAGCAUGCUCUUCAGAGCUAACACAACCAGGAUAUUUGAAGGGACGAGGAUAGUGAAGACUGGGAUGCCCACUGUUUCCCCAGCCUCCUCGGCAGACAUGGCUCCCAUCAGCUCCGGCUCCUCCACCUGGACCUCCUCCGGCCUCCCCUUCUCCUUUGUGUCAAUGGCGACAGGCAUCAGCCCCUCCUCCAGUGGUAGCCAGGCGACGGUGGCGUCCGUGGUGACUAGUACCCUACUGGCAGGGCUAGGGUUCAGUGGUGGGGUCAUCUCCUCCUUCCCCAGCUCUGUGUGGCCAACCAGAGCCCCAUCCUCCAGCCAGAAUCCCACCGCUGCCACCCCUCGUCAGCCCACCAGCGAACCAGCAGCCUCCCAGAGCGCAGACGCAGCCAAAGACAAUGGAGAGGGCUCCAAGGACAGGGAGAAAGGUGCGAAAGGGGAGGGAGAGGAGGGAGAGAAAGAAGGAGAGGAGGAUAAGGAGGAAGACGAGGAGGAGAAAGAGAAGGAGACAAAAGAGAAGAAAGCGAUGGCAGACAAGGUAGAGAAGCAGACGAACAGCACGGUAGUGAAAGAGCCGCCCACGGCAGCACCAGCCUCGACUGCCAAAGAGAAAGAAAGAGAAGGAGGGGAGAGUGAGACUGAAACUAACACAAGCAGCACUACGCCCUCUAGUGCUGAGGAGGACCAGCUGGUGACACACACACAGAGUACGGUGGAGACAGACACAGUGGUGCCCCCUACCUUGGAGCUAGGGAAUGACACGGCAGAGUUCCCAGACCCAGACAGCCCCUCCCCCACCCUCCGGCCCAGCACAGGAAGGGACAAAAGCCACUGGCCAUUCUCCAUACACACAGAGAGGACUAGCAUGUCCAACCUGACCCAGCAGGGUCCCCCAGGGGUGGGGAGGGUGGAGUGGAUCAUCCCCCUGGUGGUGGUCUCUGCCCUCACCUUCGUCUGUCUCAUCCUGCUGCUGGCUGUGCUCGUCUACUGGAGGAGGUGUUUUCAGACGGCUCAUUUCUACGUGGAGGACAGUAGUUCUCCCAGAGUGGUGCCCAAUGACAGCAUCCCUGUCAUCCCCAUCCCAGAUGACAUGGAGGCCAUCCCUGUCAAGCAGUUCAUCAAACACAUCUCAGAGCUCUACUCCAACAACCAGCAUGGCUUCUCAGAGGACUUUGAGGAGGUGCAGCGAUGCACGGUGGACAUGAAGAUCACGUCGGAGCACUCCAACCAUCCAGACAACAAGCACAAGAACAGAUACAUCAACAUCGUGGCCUGGUCAGAAAGGGAACACUAAGGGGUGUCAGAGUGAAAGAACGGUGGUGCAAUACCACUAUACCCAGUGGCCUGACAUGGGCGUCCCUGAGUACACUCUGCCCGUGCUCACCUUCGUCAGGAGGUCCGCUGCCACCCAGACCCCGGAGAUGGGCCCUAUGCUGGUCCACUGCAGUGCGGGUGUGGGCCGGACAGGGACCUACAUCGUCAUAGACAGCAUGCUGCAGCAGAUCAAGGACAAAAGCACAGUCAACGUCCUGGGCUUCCUCAAACACAUCCGGACCCAGCGCAACUACCUGGUACAGACAGAGGAGCAGUAUAUCUUCAUUCAUGAUGCGUUGAUUGAGGCCAUCAUGGGGAAGGAGACGGAGGUGUUGUCCAGCCAGCUGCACAGCUAUGUCAACAGUAUCCUUACGCCUGGGGUGGGCGGCAAGACACGGCUGGAGAAACAGUUUAAGUUGGUGACUCAGUGUAACGCCAGGUUUGUGGAGUGCUUCAGUGCUCAGAAGGAGUGCAACAAAGAGAAGAACCGCAACUCCUCGGUAGUACCCUCGGAGCGAGCGAGGGUGGGGUUGGCACCUUUACCCGGCAUGAAAGGCACAGAUUACAUUAACGCGUCUUACAUAAUGGGCUACUACAGGAGCAAUGAGUUCAUCAUUACCCAGCAUCCUCUGCCUCACACCACUAAAGACUUCUGGAGGAUGAUCUGGGACCACAAUGCACAGAUCAUUGUCAUGCUGCCGGACAACCAGGGGCUGGCGGAGGAUGAGUUUGUGUACUGGCCAAGCCGAGAGGAGGCCAUGAACUGUGAGGCCUUCACUGUCACGCUCAUCAGCAAAGACAGACUAUGCCUUUCUAACGAAGAGCAGAUCAUCAUCCACGACUUUAUCCUGGAGGCCACACAGGAUGACUAUGUGUUGGAGGUGCGUCACUUCCAGUGCCCUAAAUGGCCCAACCCUGAUGCUCCCAUGAGCAGCACCUUUGAGCUCAUCAAUGUCAUCAAGGAGGAGGCCAUGAUCAGAGACGGACCCACCAUAGUGCACGAUGAGUUCGGGGCAGUGUCAGCGGGCAUGCUGUGUGCCCUUACCACCCUGUCCCAGCAGCUGGAGAGUGAGAGUGCCGUGGGCGUCUAUCAGGUGGCCAAAAUGAUCAACCUCAUGAGGCCUGGAGUUUUCACAGACAUAGAUCAGUACCAGUACCUUUAUAAAGCUAUGCUCAGUCUGAUCAGCACCAAGGAGAAUGGCUCUGGCCUCACGUCCAUGGACAGAAACUGCACCAUGGCCAUGUCUGAUGAGUCAGACCAGGCAGAGAGCAUGGAGUCCCUCGUCUGAAGGGCCCACCCACCAGGUCUGAGGGGCCCAAGGCCCUCGCAGACAGAGAGCCACUUACUUUGUAAAAUGUCAAGGACUAUAAGACAAGACUUUUUGAGGCCUUUUUUGCCAGACUCUUGGUUAAAUGAAUAACCUGAUUACUUUUUUACACUGAUAAAAAGUUUUUGAUAUUUAUUUUUUGCCAUUUUAUGUCUUAAUGUUAUCCUACUGAGCGUUUGCACCUGCGUUUUUGAGUUCACAACAACAAAACAUACUUCUGUCUUUCUUGUUUGCACUAUAAUGUCAGUUACUGCCUAUACUAAGCUGAUGGACUCUACUACACUUAAGCUCUGAUUUCAACAUUCCAUGGCAAAGCCCUCACUCAACUGCUUUUGAGAAGUAGGAAAAAAAGCAUUGCUCUGUUUGCUCUCUACUAGCUCAUGUAAGGAAGAGGAGUGAGAGUGUCAUAGCUCCAUGUUCAUAUGAAUAAGCUGUCCAACCUGAGGUUCAUUACAGUAGACCACCUCUCCUCUCCUCACCCUUGUGGCUCAAAUAUCACUCAUUUGCUGCAAGACUCAACAGUCUGGUUUCUGUUACACCUACAGGCAAUAGGGUCAACAGUUCUAUUUGUUGUUUGAUUUUCUUUUGUUUAUAUGACCUUUAUCUUCAUUGUGCAUCUAAUUAGCAAUUAAAACCCAUAUUUGAAUAUUGAAGGUGGUAUUAUAACAGCUACGGUGAACUUGUAUUAUUUUUAGUACGAUUCAUAUUAUGCUUUUAUAUAUAUAUAUAUAUAUAUAUAUAUAUAUAUAUAUAUAUAUAUAUAUAUAUAUAUAUAAAUAUACUGAUCAUUAUAGCUUGUGAUUUUGUAGAUGUCCGAUGUCAUGACAUGCCUCAGCCGCACUGACUCCCACUUGAUCCAACAGUUUACCACUCUUAUUCAAUGCCGGUGUUGAUUUUCUGCACAUUUACAACCCCUUCUGGCUCAGUUGGUUUUUGCUUCUUGCUGCUAAUAGUCUACACACAGUCACAGAAGAGUCAAAUGAAGAAAUGAUAAUGCACUUGUGUGAGCGGAAACUUCUUUGAGAAAAUGGAUACUAUUGAUACAGCCAAUUGCUAUUUUUUGUGUCAUACCCUAUUGAAUUUAUUAUUGGGGUAAAGGACUUAUGCUCCCACGUCACACAGCCUUGUGUACAUCGUUUCUAAUCCUCACUGUUGCUUAACUCUGCUUGUGUGUGGUAUGAUUGUAUGCUAUGACUGUCGUAUGGUGGCCUAAGCAAGGAAAGAUUUACUGGGGUUUUUGAGUCCUAGAGUGAUUCACAUAAACUCAUUGACCCUGUUUAAGUUGUUGUCAUACUGCCACCUCUAUAUUUCCUGUUAGAAUCACUUUGAUAAAUACCUCCCUUAGUUAUCUGAAGGAAAGAGAGACCACCUGUGAUUUACAUUUGAAAUAAAAUGUGAAUUCAUUAUACAGCACAAUGACCAUGCUAUUAGAAUAUUUGUAUUUAAUUAUCACAACAAAGCAUCGAGGAUACCUAUGAUUUGUAACUUUUACCAAAGACUUAUACUCAUUUCCGUUAAUAGAACUAUUAGAGAGAGGGAGAGCAAGUUAGUUGCAUUUGUGUGUGAUUUCCUUUUUUAGUGAUAUGUAGGCUGUUGAGUGAGGAUAAUUCUGUUUACUUUUUCUUCUGCUUCUUUUGGCAUCUUUUUGUUUCCAGGCUGGAAUUUCUGCAUCAUCUCCUCAUCACUUGUGUUAGUUUAGGAAUUCCCUUUGCUACAGAAGGAGUUCAUUGCAAUUGUAUUAUAUUUAAUUUCUCACUCAACUCAUAGAAUUACAAAAUUAAGUGGAGAGAUGCAUCAAUUAUUUGAUUUUUUUACCCGUCAUGUUUCAUCUCCUUCCAAGGAGGGCUUUUGAAUGAAGUCAUAACUCUCCAACAUUUGGGGUAGACAGCUGACUUUUGUCCCUUUGUCAGUGAAGGCAUUUUGCAUCAUUAAGCACUAGCUUUUUUCAGUUUUGUCUUGUUCCAUCAGGUUAACUCUUAAUUUCCUGACUGAGCCUAGUGUCCACUGUCAGGUGUGUUUAUGUGUUGCAAAACACAAACACUAGUGUGUCAUGAAAACAAUGUACAUAUUUUGUUGCUUCUAUAACCAACCGUUCUCUGGAAACUUUGUAUCUAUGGUAUAUAAUCAUAGAAUUUAUAUUUUCAUAUAAAGCUAUUUUUCUUUCUCUCGUUUCAACUCUUUCGUUGCUUUGCUUUUGUGGUGAAACGUGGAAACCAAGUCUCUGUGCACUGAGCUAGUGGUUGUCAUCACAUUCCAAUACAAUUCCACGCCUCCCAUUAACUUUAAAUCAGUGAUUGUGAUAUCAUUAUUGUUAUUACUUUGUUUUUGUCAUUUUUUUCUGAGUUACAAUUCUGUUGUCAAAGUGUAAUAGAAUAAUUUUGUCCCAUUGACCAUUUUGAACAGCUGGGCGUUGCUUCUUCUUUUGUAACCUGAAAUAAGGAAAAAAUAAGGAAAAAAUGUUUUGUUUCGUUGAAAGCUAUAUCAGAGCAUUCUAUUAUAGUGUUAUUUAAUAUGUAAAUUGUAUUGCUAUACUUAAAAUAAAAUAUGGGUUUUGAUGUACUUUGUUGAAAA